GCAAGGAAUCCGGCCGACCGUGGUGCAACCUCUGAAACUGAGCCAAAUACACCAUCCCCUUGGAAGUCAUUCUUCUCAGUUUCUUGGUUAAGUUUCCACCCACAUCGGAAUCCCCGGGUCCUGCCCGCACAGCUGCAGCCCAAAUGCCCUGCUGCCCCAGCGGGAAACACGCGCAAGUGGAGAGUGCUUUUAACCGAGGAUGCUCUCGCUGGAGGCGAACCCAAGCGGAAAACUGCUCACUCUCCAGAGCGACGCCUGGAGCUGUCUGUCCAUGGCCCCCGCGAGGGGCAGCCUGCUGGCUUCCGCUUUCGUGGCCGUGUGGCUGCUGAUCGAAGCAGAAAUAGAGGUGUGCAGGCUGGGCAGCAUCACCGUGAGACCGGCCCACGAGGUGGCUGUGGGCUCCACCACCGAGAUCUCCUGCUCGCUGAGGGCCGACGGAGGCUGCGCGCACAGAGGCGGCGUCCGCAGACUCAUCCUCUACCAGCGCCACACAGAAAUCGGCUUCAGCGAGAGUCGGGCCUUGAGCCUCCGAGUCUCGGACCUGCCCGAGGACACACGCCACACAGAAAUCGGCUUCAGCGAGAGUCGGGCCUUGAGCCUCCGAGUCUCGGACCUGCCCGAGGACACAGUCACGUUUGUCUGCAAAGUGGCCUGCACCUCCGGAGGCAUCGUAUCCCGCGUGUGCGGCGUGGACCUCUCCGUGGGCGCUGCUCCAGAGCGCCCUCGAAACGUGUCCUGUGUGCAAGAGGGACAGCACGGAACCGUGGCCUGCUCCUGGGACCCAGGCCGAGCCACCUACCUGAGCCGCAUUUACAUGCUGCGGCUUCACGGACCCAGAAAUUUAACUUGGCAGAAGCGGUGUAGGAAUCACUGUCGUCACCUGGACCUCGGAAUCAGCCUCAGCCCCGAACUCCUGGAGUCCAAUUUCACAGCUGAGGUUAGCGUCGCAAACCGCCUCGGAAACGUGUCCUCGGUUCCAACCACGUUCUUGUUCUUGGACAUAGCGAAGCCGCUUCCUCCGCGUGACCUCAGAGUCCAGUUCCCGAAUGGGUCCAGCAGCCACAGUACCCUCCAGUGGACUGACGAGGCCUGGGUGCUGCUCAACCAGCUCCGGUACCGGCCCAUUGACAGCAGGUCCUGGACGAUGGUCAGCGCGACCGACACCCAGGGCAGACAAGAGGGGCUGCGUCUGGAGCCCUUCAUGGAGUAUGAAUUCCAGGUCUCCUCUAAGCUGCAUCUUUCCAGCGGAGGCUGGAGCAACUGGAGCGAACCUUUGAGGGUGCGCACGCCAGAGGAAGAGCCCUCGGGGACACUGGACGUGUGGUACUGGAGCCAGCGGGCGGCCGGCGGCCGGCGGGUGUCCCUCUUCUGGAAGGAACUGAGUUCAGCAGAGGCGAGAGGGGAAAUCCUGUACUACCAGGUGGGCCUGCAGGAGGUGAUGGGGCGGACGGCGGUGCUGUGCAACGUCACACGAGGCGCCUCCUGGACAGGGGUUCUCCCUGGCACAGGGCCGUGGACCGUGGCUGUGUCCGCCGCCAACUCCAAAGGAAGCUCCCGGCCGGCUCGCGUGACCAUAGGGGACCCGUGCGGCACCGGGUCGCUGGCUCCCCGCCAGGUCUCGGCGAGCUCCCGGGGCGGCAUCACAGUGACCUGGCGGCAGUACCUGGUGGAGUGGACGGCGCUGCCUGGACGCAGCCUGCAGGCCCCGCUGAACUGGCUGCGGAUCCCCGCCUCCAGCAGGUCCGCUGUCAUCCCAGAGAGCGUGGAGCCCUACGUGUGUUACGAGAUCCGCGUGUACGCGCUGUCGGGGACCCGAGGCGGGUGCAGCUCCGUCCUGGGCGACUCGGGGCACAAAGCGCCGGUGAGCGGCCCCCGCAUCGAGGCCAUCAGCGAGGAUGGGGCGGUCGUCUCGGUGUCCUGGAGCCCCCAGCCGGCGAGGGAGCAGGUGGGCUGCGUCCUGCACCUCCGGAUCUACUGGCGGGAACGGGGCUCCAGCACCCCGCCGCAACUCCAGGGUAUAUGUGCAUGCGUGUGUGUCGCGCGUGUGUGGGUGUGUGUGUGCACGGAGUUCUCGCCCACACGCCGGGAACGCCCGCCUUCCAGUAGCUGCGUGGGAGCAGCCGGGUCCCAUGACGCCCAGAGGUCGGAUGAGGCCAGCGGGUCGCCCAUACACGAUUUUGAGCCGCCCUGCGCCCCCUCCCGGCCUGACUGCUUUAUUUCGCAAGCAGUUGGCUUUCUUCCAGAAUUUAUCAUACACAAAGAAGGGACGGGCGGGCAUGGUGGUGCAGCAGUCCCCAGCUGGCCCUCCCGGAGCUCCUUCCGGCUCAGCGGCCUGCGGCGCGGGGUGACCUAUGUGCUGUGGAUGACGGCGGUGACAGAGGCGGGCGAGGGGCCACGGGGAAAUGAAAGGGAAUUCAGCCUGCAGGGUAAACCCGGACCCAGCCCCCUCCCUCCGCCCCUCCUGCCGCCACCUGUGCUCUGUGCUUCCUCUGCCCCUGUGCUCCUCCCCUCCUACUCCGCUCUUCCUCCACUGCACAGGGCUCAGGCGGGACUGGUGAUCCCUAAGUACCAUUCACACCACGAGGAGGCGCACGCCAGCAUGAGCAAUAGCAAGGAUUGUCUCCUGGCAGGCCAGAUGGCAGGUGGCACACAGGACACAGUGGCUGAGGGAACAGAGUCGCCCAUAGCCCCUGACAGGAUUUGGCCCUGCCCAGGGAAGGAGGCGCGGGCGGGGUCCCUGUCCAGCAGCCGGCAGGUCCCUGCUCAGCCUGAGCCUGCUGCCAUUGCAGGAGGAACAGGCUGGACAGCGGUGCUGGCCGUGAGCACGUGUGUGGCUGUCCUCACCGUGGGCGUCUUCUCCACCCGCUUCUUCCGGCAAAAGGCACUGCUGCUGCUGACGCUGCUCAGGCCACAGUGGUGCCGCCCUGGCGUCCCGGACCCGGCCAACAGCACCUGGGCCCAGAGGCUUCCGCUGGAGGAGGGUCUGUGUCAGGAAUGGGAGCUGGACUUGUCAGUGGUGAGGACCGGGGUUUCUGAGCCUGCUUGUUUGUGUGACCUCUACUUGCCAGCGCCGACCCCUCCCGCCUCCAUGAAGCCUGGUGGUCGUGGUCCCGAGGGCCCUGAGAUGACACCACUGCCGGUGGAUGGGACGCAGACGGCUGAGUGUCCCCCGGAGGAGCCGGAGCCACUGGUCAUCAACGAGGCCGCGACCCUCCCAGGCCCUGACGGCUAUCUCCCUGCCAGCCCGGGGGACCUGGCCAUCCCUGAGUCCCUGCCCCCGGGGCCCAUGCGGGAGCUACCACCCCUAACCCUCUCCAUCUUCACCAGCCCCGUCCAGCCCCUCGGUGGCACCUGCGGCCCCAGGCUGACCCUGGACCGGCUCAGAAUGGGCUGCGGCUCCCUCGUGCUCCAGCCCUGAACUCGCAGGUCCUGGGCGGGCGGCAGGGAUGACUCUGGCGGCGUCCCUGUGGCCUGAGGACCUCGCCUCCAGCCCAGCUCGUGACCGGCAAGGGGCGAGGGGAUGGGAGUGGAGGGCAGCACUGGCCACGGGAGCAGCCAGCUGACUGCGUCUGGCCUCAUGCUCACUGCAGCACUCCUGCCUCAGCCUCCCCGUCCUCCGUGGCCAGCCACCGUGCAGCCCAGGGGCAGUGCCGGGACUGAGCUGGAGAGCGGCGCAGUGCUGUCCCUCUCCGCGGGGACACAGCCCCCACUGCUCACCUAAGUUGGGUGGACUGGGACAGUCACCGCGAGCCACCAGGAGUGGAGACCACGUUUCGGGAGCUGGUACGUUCGUCUGCGAGACGCACUCUAGUCUCACUGCCAGCCUCCGGCAGCCUCACAAACCGUCCUGCUGUGCCUCUGAAACCUGCCUAUCGCACGCUGCCCCCGGCCUGCAGCCGCCUCCCUUCCCCAAGUGGGACCUCCGACAGGCAGAGGACCCAGGGAGAACUGUCAGGAGUCCCGGCCAGCUCCCCUCUCACGACCCAGGCCUGGCCGAGCCCACUCCACGGCGCCGGCUCUGCACCCCACAGCCGAGACGAAACACGGCCCGUCCCUCCUCCCCCAGGGCUGCUGGGACCCGGGCUCUCCCGCCUCUGCCUCUGUGCCAGGCGGCUGCUCUGAGGCCACAGGGUGGAUUUUUCCGAAACUCACAUCCGCGUUACCUGCCUGGAGAGAUGAAAGCCAGGGUGUUCCGCAGGGCCGCGCCUCCCGCUGUCCACGCGCAUGCUCUCUCUCAAACACUGUCACUGCGUCCAAGGUUUGCGGGCCCCGAGUAGCAUGGGACUGGGGGACACCCUGCUCUCCCAAGGGACUGCUGUCUUCCAUCAGGAGGUGCAGCCGUUUCCCCCCGAAGAACGCGUCUUUCCCAGGCAUCUUUUUGUGGGCUGGUUUUUUUGUUUUGUUCUGCAACACAUCUCACUGUGUAGUCCAGGCUGGCCUUGAACUC